UUGAAAUAAUUAUUAUAGUAGCCCAUGUUUAAAAAUUAGAAGAAGAAUUUGAAACUUUUGACUUUAUUAAUUCAUGGCGUUUAUGCCCAUAGUGCUAGUCAAAUUAUUUAUUUUAUAUAUCGUUGUAAACUUGAACAAUGCAUACUUUAUCAGAGAAACAUAUGAUGAUGUUCUACCCGAUUUACUCGAAAAAUCUGUAUCUAAACGAAAGAUAAAAGAUGAUAUUGUUGAUUAUAGUCUCGAUCCAAUUUCAAAUCAAAAUUAUUUAGUUAAAAAUGACGUGAAAAAAGAUACUAAUUCAAAAAUUGGUGAUAUGAAAAAUCAUAAAGGUAGAACGAAAAAGUCUAUAGGAAAAACGACACAAAAAAGAACGACGAAGCUUCCGGCGAAAAAUACCGAAACGAUUUGGGAAUCGUGGACACCAUGGUCAACUUGUAGUGUAACUUGCGGUAAAGGUCGCAAUAUACGUUGGCGACAUUGUAGAAAGAAUUGUAGAGAUGUUGAAACCGAAAUGGAAGAAAAAGCGUGCCAAAUGCCCGCCUGCCCUCAAAAGUUAUUCGGUUUGAUCAAGUUGGAAUAAUAAGAUUUGAUUAUAUUUCAUGGAAAUAUAUUGAAAAUCAUUUUUAUCAAAUACAGUUUCAAGAUAAA